GGCACCGCAAAUUGAAAAGGCGCAGCCAGCCGCCUACAUCAUCAGCCUACUGUGAUACAGAAUGGAAACUAGACUGUGCGCACAAUGAAUGCAGAACAGAGAGACAGCACAAUUUGAGCACAAAGCUCCCAAAAAUUGCCGAUCGCGGGAAGGCAUUGUGUGCGUCGGUCUCGCUCAGCUCUUUGUUUUGUGAGACGGUUUAUUUCGGAGCUGUGUCAGUCAGGGAAUUUCAUCGACAGUUUAUGAGUUGCAGUUUGCCUGUUUAAAACCUUUCCAGUCUGCCUUGCAGAUCAAAAUGCCGCGUUUGUUUUCCUUGUUUGUUUGUUUGUUUUGUUUUGUCUUUAAUGUUUUUAUUACAUCAGUCGGGUUUGCUAUCCUCCUCCCAAGUGAAUGCGGUGCAGCGGAAACGAAAAGGCAGAGCAGUUUUUUAUGCAGAGGAGGGAAGUCAGUCUGGCACCGAAUCUUACAGCACCCAGCACCCACCAGAUGAUAUCCGCUGACAGCAGCAAACACAAUGAGAAGCAGAGCAGAGGAAGGUCUGCUACGGCUUGAUACAUCAGAGCUGAAAAUGAAGCAGGGAGAACAGAGAAUGAGUAACUGCUGCCAGCAUCUACACCCCAGAUAAAAACUCCUCGCUAUCUCUCUAUCUCCAAGCACAGCGCAGGCCAGUGAUCAGGGGAACAAACCCCUGCCACGAGAGGGGCUAAAUGACAUUGCAGGUCGUUGGCACAGAGACGCUCGCAGCAUGUAAUGUGCAAACAGCAGGAUUGCAGAGCAAACAGAUAACACCACAAUUAGGGAUGCUACUUGUGACAGAUUGAAGGGCUCCCCUUGUAAAAGUGUACUGCGGUGCAGAAUGGAAGAAUGACAGCGAAAGCGUAGUAAAGCAUAGGCAUCGAGAGGAAAGAAAACAGGGCACAGCAUAUGCAGUGUGAGCAGAGAAAAACAAAGAACUGUAAACAAGCAAAUCCACCACUCUUAUAAGAGCGUACCUCAGCAGAAAUGCAAUGAAACACAGAGGAAGCACGGGAAAGCAUAUUACCAGAUUACUGUAGGUAUAGUACAGCAUAUUGAAAAACAUGCAAAUCAUGAUAAACUACAGGAAAUGCAUAGAGUAACACGACGGUGUGUAUACAGCAGCGUACAUAUCACCCCAACACCAUCAUUAGCAGUCAGAGCGUUUGUUUACGCCGCAGCCACGCAACACUGUGGACAGACAGCGAGUUGUCAGCGGUUGCUUGCGGGUAACCCGGAGUUACGGAUCGGGCUGAAAAGCAGGGAAUGGUUCCCAAGCAAUGGGACACGCCUUGUUAUCAAAAUACUGCUCAGCUCGCAAACACAAGCAAGCAACAAGUAACAAGUAACGAGGUUGGGCAGGUUGCUAAACAAACCGGAGAUUGCUGGUUGCAUGCAUGUGUUGUGAAGUUUGAAUCCGCUAACCUCGACCUGUCAGAGACUGUCUCACCAGUAUCAGCCCUGCCACUCGUGCAGCAGCACCAGAGACUACGCUGCUUAAGCAGAAGACACGAUGACGAACCCCCUAGGAAACUCAGACGUGCCUGUGUUCAAUGAGAGGCCGAGGAUCUUGCAGAGAGGGGCCUGGACCCAGGCAGCACCAUACAAGGAGGAGAAGUUCCACCGAAGAGUCAGUGACUCCAUCGGGAACAGCUACAGCCCUGCGGCCAGAGAUUUCUCCACAUAUUUCAUCUAUAAGCUCCUCGGCUCAAACGACACUCCGGAGCACAGCCAGGACAGGGAGGGGCCAACACGGGAGAGGGCGUGGCAACUGGCAGUGCCGCCCUGUCGUCACGCCAACAGGGUCCUGAAAAAGAGGGAGCCCAGACACAGUUUACAAGCCAGGCGGUUGGAAGCCCCUGGGGCUGUGGGGAGCGGGGAGAGGCUUAUCAGUGAUGUAGCCACCUGGGGUAGUGAUUACCAUCCAGAGGGGCUGGGCUGCUGCUCCUCUCCUCCACCACCGCCUCUGCUUGUGCCUCGCAUGCCUGUCUGCGAAGAGGAGCUACGGAGCGCCAGCAGACUGCCUCCCCUCCAGAGAGCCCCAGACAGGAGCCUGGGGGUACCCUGGCGUGGGGGUAGACAAGGGAUCCCGGGGGCGAACCAGGCACCAGGACCCCUGAAACGGGAUCACCCCCCACAUGUGGGGUGCCUUCAGGACAGAGAUCCCGACCCUGAGGAAGACCACCCCGUGCACGAUGAGGUCACGAGGGCCGCCCUGGCUGUCUGCUUCCCCCCCUCCACCUUCUCCACCCAUGGCCUCUCGCGGCCAGCCAGCCCCCUGCAGGAGCACUUGCCCAGGUACUGUGAGCUGAUCGCCCACUCGUUUGACCCCUCGGAGGUGACCCCCCUGUGUGAGCAAUGGCUGGCCGGGGUCAGAUCCCGAAUCCCCGCCGAGCUCGCGGCCAAGCAAGGAGCAGCUCUGCAGACGCUGAGCGAGGAGGUGGAGGGUAUGUAUGCAGAGGCCAUGAAGAAAUCCAUCCUGGACUAUAUACUACUGGACCCUGCUGAGCAAGCCAGACUGGGCAUCACUCUGACAGCCAAGCCCUCACACAGUGCAGGACGGGAGUGUUUCCCCUGGCAGGAGCGAGUGCAGCACAGCCGCAGCAGACUCAGGGGGGCGCUGUACCCCACACACCCUGUCAUCGGCAGGAUCCUGCACAGCUUCCACAGCAAGUACAAACAUUUCCGGCUGCUGGACCUGCAGGCCCUCUCGCGGGAGUUACCUCUGACCCUGGAUCAGCUGACUGAUCACAUGACUGAGGUGGUGGGCAGGAGGGCGGGGCUGCUGCAGGAGAGCUGGCUGCGAGACUCCGCCCACAUUGUCAGCGAGAGCCGGGACUGCAUUGAGGCUUGGAUGCCACAGGAGGAGGAGACUCUGAGGAUGAGGAAGAUGGCUCACUUCUUCAGCAGCGUGGCGACACUCAUGUCGGUUAUGUUACGCGUGGUGGUGGCAGAGUCCCUGCAGGAGCUGGUGAGCUGGCUGGAGGGGUACGGCAGAGGGAACGAAUACCAGGGGGGCUACCCACACCACAGCCUGGGCCUGCCCAUCAAACCACACGCCAUCAUCAUGUUCAUGAAGCUGUGCUGGGAGAAGGCUGAUGUCUCGUUCACACCGUCCAUUGAUGAAGUCACCCGCUGCCUGCACUCUAUAGUGGACAGUGUGGUCCUCAGUGUCCAGCACUUUCCACGCAUCGAGCACCAGCUGUUCCAGGCUGUAGAUAAACUGCAAAUCAGAUUCAUCAGCUCUGUGCAGACGGGAGAAGAAAUCGUGCUGUCGGCUAAAGCGAGGAUUCGAGCCGUGAUUAUAAAUAACAGCCACGGACCGCAGAGGUACUGCUCUGUGUACCAGUCCUCUCUGCCCCUGCUGUGCGCGGAGGCAGAGAGCCGCGUGGAGGAGUUCGUCAGCAAGGAGCCCAACCUGUGCAAUUACACCCGGGAGAUCAAGCGCUUCCAGGGCCUGGGGGAGGAGCUGGCCUCCUUGCCAGUGCACGUUCCCAUGGAGCUGCUGCUGCUGGACUGCUCCCAGAUAAAGCAGUGGAUGGUGCAGCGCACACACCAGCUGGCCAGUAUCUUCAUCAGCAGAGUGGCAUCCUCCUCGGAGCGGUUAAACCGGAGCAUCUGCCAGCAGUACGAGGACAUCGUGAGCAGGAUCACCACCAUCUCGGGAAGCACCAGCGCCCUGGUGGAGCUGCAGGGCUACGUGGACAAGCUGUGGGGUGGGGAGCUACUGCAGCUCAAGGAGAGGCUGGAGCUGGCGGCCGCUAACCUGCUGUUCCUGCUGGACUUUGCCGCCCUGUCCAAAGAGGACAUCAUUCUGAAUGGGAACACCUUCUCCUGGCCUGACAGGAUUGUCCCCAUCAUCAAGAACAGUGAGACUCGGCUGCAGAAGGAGCAUGACCAGGCUGUGCAGAGGCUGGGGCAGCGGCAGGGUGAGUUCUCCCGGCGCCUGGCAGAGGUGGCACUGUUGGUGAAGGAGUUCCAGCGUCGGGAGCGCCUGGCCGAGGCACAGCAGUACGUGGAGCGGCUCCGAGACAUCGGGCUGACCAUCCAGGGGUUCAUUGAGGAGAAGAGCCAGAUUAACCAGGAGGAGGCGCUGCUGGGGAUGGGUCCGGUUAGCCCCUACCCCGAGAUCGAGGAGCUGCUCAUCUCCAAGGAGCCCUACGAGCGCCUGUGGUCAGCGGCGCUCAGCUUCAACACGCAGCACGAGCGCUGGCUCAACGGAGCGAUGCUGCAGGUCAGCGCAGAGGAGGUGGAGGAGCAGGUGCAGAGUUUAUGGAAGACCAGCUACAAGCUGACGAAGGUACUGCAUCACCCGGACCUGCAUGGGCCCCUGAAAGCUGCCACCACCAUCAAGACCAAGCUGGAGAAGUUCCGGAUGAACAUGCCGCUCAUCAGCGCACUGUGCAGCCCCGGAAUCAAGCAGAGGCACUGGAACCUCAUGAGCAGGAAGGUGGGGUUCAGCAUCGCUCCUCAGGAGAGCACGUCGCUCAGUGAGAUCCUGCAGCUGGGGCUGGAGAAGCACCUGGAGGAGCUGAGCCAGGUGAGCGUCCAGGCAGGGAAGGAAUAUGCCCUGGAGCAGGCACUGGAGCACAUGGAGAGAGACUGGGAGCAUGUCUGCUUCAGCUUUGUGCCCUACCGAGACUGCGGGGUCAGCGUGCUGGCAGCCGUCGACGACAUCCAGGUUCUGCUGGAGGAUCACGUUGUGAAGACCACCACCAUGAAGGGCUCCCCGUUCAUCGCCCCCUUCGAGGAGCAGCUGCUGUCCUGGGAGGCCAGGCUGCGGCUGAUGCAGGAAGUCCUGGAGUCCUGGCUCCGGGUGCAAAUGGCCUGGCUUUACCUGGAGCCCAUUUUUGGCUCGGAGGACAUCCGUAACCAGAUCCCCGUGGAAGGGAAGCUCUUCGAAGCUGUGGACAAUACCUGGAGGCAGGUCAUGGCUGAGGCUCAGCAGACUGGCAAUGCCAUGCGGGUUAUCUCUCAGGUCCAGAUGCUCAGUAAACUCAGAGAGGCCGAGUCGAUGCUGGACGACAUUCAGAGAGGCUUAAACGACUACUUAGAGAAGAAAAGGCUCUUCUUCCCGAGGUUCUACUUUCUGUCGAACGACGAGCUGCUGGAGAUCCUGUCGGAGACGCGGGACCCCAUGCGUGUGCAGCCCCACCUCAAGAAGUGCUUUGAGGGCAUCGCCAAGCUGAGCUUCAGCGCGGGCUGCGAGAUCACGCACAUGGAGUCUGCGGAGAGCGAACGCGUGGAGCUGGUGUGCAGGAUCAUACCCGCGCAGGCCCGGGGCCUCGUCGAGCAGUGGUUGCACCAGGUGGAGAGGGUGAUGAAGGAAUCCCUCCAGCAGGCUCUGCUCCGCUCCAUCACUGCGUACCCCCAGACCCCCAGACACCACUGGGUGCUGCACUGGCCUGGGCAGGUGGUGCUGGCCACCAGCAUUAUCUACUGGACCUUGGAGCUCUCACAGGCCAUUACCCAGGAAGGGGGUCUGCAGUCCUACCUGGAGAAGAGCAACAGGCAGGUGGAGGACAUCGUGAGACUGGUCCGGGGCAAGCUCACUAAAAUGGAGCGCAUUACCCUGGGGGCUCUGAUCACCGUCGACGUUCACGCUCGGGACGUGGUGACGCAGUUAAAGGAGCUGGGUGUCAGCACUACCACCAACUUCCACUGGGUGGCGCAGCUGCGGUACUACUGGGAGGAGGGGCAUGCUGUGGUGAGGAUGAUCACCACGUCGGUGCCGUAUGGCUACGAGUACCUGGGCAACACCGGCCGGCUGGUCAUCACCCCACUCACUGACCGCUGUUACAGGACGCUGAUGGGAGCCCUGCAGCUAAACCUGGGAGGAGCUCCAGAGGGACCGGCUGGGACAGGGAAGACAGAAACCUGCAAGGACCUGGCCAAAGCCGUGGCCAAACAGUGCGUUGUGUUCAAUUGCUCUGAUGGCCUGGACUACAAAGCCAUGGGGAAAUUCUUCAAAGGACUGGCGCAGUCUGGAGCCUGGGCCUGCUUUGAUGAGUUUAAUCGGAUCGAGCUGGAGGUGCUCUCUGUCGUGGCACAGCAGAUCCAGACUAUCCAGCGAGCCGUCUCGGAGCGAGCAGAGACCUUCGUGUUUGAGGGGACGCAGAUCUCCCUGGACCCAUCCUGCACUGUCUUCAUCACCAUGAACCCUGGGUACGCGGGCAGGGCGGAGCUGCCAGACAACCUGAAGGUGCUGUUCCGCACGGUGGCCAUGAUGGUCCCAGACUACGUCCUGAUUGCGGAGAUCUCUCUCUACGCCAUCGGCUUUGUCGACGCCCGCAACCUGGCAGCAAAAAUCGUGGCCACUUACAGACUAUGCUCGGAGCAGCUAUCCUCGCAGCACCACUAUGACUACGGGAUGCGCGCGGUGAAGUCCGUGCUGACGGCCGCCGGAAACCUGAAAGUGAGGCUGCCGGAGGAGAGGGAGGACGUGCUCAUGCUGAGAUCCAUCAACGACGUCAACCUGCCCAAGUUCUUGUCCCAGGACAUCCCCCUGUUUGAGAGCAUUGUCUCGGACCUCUUCCCUGGGGUGGAGCUGCCCGCGGCCAACCACUGCGACAUGGAGACGGCCAUCCGCGAGGUCGCUCAGCGCUGCCACUUGCAGGCCGUGCCCUGGUUCAUCACCAAGAUCCUCCAGGUCUACGAGAUGAUGCAGGUGCGGCACGGCUUCAUGCUGGUUGGCGGGCCGCUGGGGGGGAAGUCGUCGGCUCUACGGGUGCUGGCGGGGGUGUUGGCGUUGCUGGAGGAGCGGGGGCUGAGGGAGGAGCACCGGGUUGACCGUGUCAUCAUCAACCCCAAGGCCAUCUCCAUGGCGCAGCUCUAUGGCAGCUACGACGCUGUCUCACACGAGUGGAGUGACGGGGUCCUGGCCAACGUGUUCCGGAAGCACGCCACCAGCCUGACCCCGGACAGGAAGUGGUGCGUGUUCGACGGGCCCGUGGACGCGGUCUGGGUUGAGAAUAUGAACACCGUCCUCGACGACAAUAAGAAGCUGUGUCUGAUGAGCGGGGAGAUCAUUCAGAUGAGUCCCCAACAGAACAUCAUCUUCGAGGUGCUGGACCUGGAGCAGGCCUCUCCGGCCACGGUCAGCAGGUGUGGGAUGAUAUACAUGGAGCCCAUGGACCUGGGCUGGGAGCCGUUAGUCCAGUCCUGGCUGGAAACCAAGCUGCCCCAUUUCCUGACCUCGGAGCAGAAACACUUGGUAAAGCUGCUGUGUGAGUGGCUGCUCCCACCGUGCUUGGACUUCAUCCAGCAGCGAUGCCGUCCGGUGGUGCAGUCAUCCCAGAUGCACCUCACCUCCGCCCUGCUCAAGCUCUACCAGUGCCUGCUGGCUGAGAUCAGCAGUGUGGAUUCUGCAGUGGAGAGAGAAGAGGCCUGUGUCGAGACUCUGGAGGAGCAGGAAGAAAGCUUCCAGGCCAGCAAGCAGAAACAGCAGGAGGAGACCAGCAGCAUGAUCGUGGCCGGAGCCUUUUUCUCCGUGGUCUGGUCACUGGGGGGUCUCCUUGAUGCCUCCUCUAAGCAGCGGUUCAGCGAGUUCUUCAAGAGCCUCUGUGACCAGGAUUCCAAGCAGCCCCGCCCCCGAGAGCUCCGGGUCCCGCGAGCCCUGCAGAUGCCCAAGCGGGACAGCGUGUUCCACUACGUGUUCCUGCGCAGGAACGUCCCCUCCUGGUGUCUGUGGAGGGAGCUCCUUGCCCCCGCCAGCCUGGAGCCCUGCAUGAAGACUGGUGAUAAGGGCCUGUAUCUCCAGCUCAGUGACAUCAUCGUGGCCACGACGGAGACUACGGUGCAAACGUACUUCCUGGAGAAGCUGCUGCUGCAGGACAAGCCGCUGCUCUUCGUAGGACCCACAGGCACAGGGAAGACGGCUAUUACCAACAGCUUCCUGGGCCAGCUGCCCCCUGAGAAAUACUCCGUCUGUCAGCUCAGCUUCUCCGCCCAGACCUCUGCUAGCCAGGUUCAGGACGGAUUGCUCACCAAGCUGGAGAGGCACAGGAAGGGGGUGUACGGAGCCCCUCCUGGGAGGCGUGUCCUGCUGUUCGUCGAUGACCUCAGCAUGCCGGCCAAGGAGCGCUACGGAGCCCAGCCCCCCAUCGAGCUGCUGCGGCAGUGUACGGAGCAUGGCUACUGCUUUGACAGGAAGGACAGCAGCAUGCUGCACAUCCAGGACACCUCUAUAGUUGUGGCGAUGGCUCCCCCAAGUGGAGGGAGGCAGGCAGUGACUCCCAGAUUCCUCCGGCACUUCAAUGUCAUUUCAAUAGACGCCUUCAGUGAGGACACCAUGAAGUCCAUCUUCCAGCCUGUCAUGGACUGGCAUUUCAACAGAGGCUUCGAGAACUCCCUCAAGCGCUACUCCAGGAUCUUAGUCUGGGCUACUACCGAGGUGUACACACAGACUGUAUUGAACUUCCUCCCCACCCCCUCCAAAUCACACUACACCUUCAACCUGAGGGACUUCUCCAGAGUCAUACAGGGUCUGCUCCUGCUCCCCUCAGAGGUGCUGCCCGAAGGGAGCAACGGCGCCCACAAGCUUAUGCGGCUCUGGAUCCAUGAGGUGCACCGCGUCUUCGCUGACCGCCUGGUGGACAACAAGGACAGAAAGCUGUUCUUCCAGCUUGUUAAGGGGGUGGUGCAGAGUCAGUUCAAAGAGAAGAUGCCCAGCCUGUUUGGUCACAUGGUGAUUGGCCGGGAUGUCCAGGAGGAGGACAUGAGGGGCCUGUUCUUCGGGGAUUAUCUGAGCCCCCGCAACACCGAGGGAGCCCCCCGACACUACGACGAGAUCCAGGACAGCAGCCAGCUGAAACAGACUAUGGAGCGCUGCCUGGAGGAGUUCAAUGUCCUGAGCAAGGCUCCCAUGAACCUGGUCAUGUUCCAGUUCGCCAUCGAGCACAUCUCCCGACUCAGCAGGGUCUUCAAACAGCCGGGCGGACAUGCGCUGCUCAUCGGUAUCGGAGGGAGCGGACGGCAGUCUGUCACGCGACUGGCUGCCUUCAUGGCAGAGCUGGAGCUGUUCCAGGUCAAAGUUCAGAGGUCAUACUCUGUGAGCGAAUGGAGGGAGGACCUGAGGCAUGUGCUGAGGGGGGCGGGGCAGAAUGGCACCCCCACUGUCUUCCUGUUCGCAGACCACCAGAUCAAGGAUGAGUCUUUCUUGGAGGACAUAAACAUGAUUCUGAACUCGGGCGACAUCCCCAACCUGUUUGAUAACGAGGAGCGGCUGGAGAUCAUUGAGAAGAUGCAGCUCUCCCCAGUCGAGGAGGCUCGUGGCUCUGUCUCUCCGGCCAGCCUGUACAAUGUCUUCACUCGGCUUGUCCGCAGCAACCUGCACAUGGCCCUGGCCUUCAGCCCCAUCGGAGAAGCAUUCCGGAACCGCCUGCGCUGCUUCCCCGCGCUGCUCAACUGCUGCACCAUCGACUGGUUCCAGGCGUGGCCUGAGGACGCUCUGGAGAAGGUUGCGUAUCACUUCCUGGACGAUGUGGAGAUGUCACAGGAAGUCAGAAGCGCAUCUGUCUUCAUGUGCAAGCACUUGCACCAGAGCGUGGUGACACUGUCUCAGAGGUUCUUUGAGUCUCUCCAGAGGAGGACCUACGUCACGCCCACCUCCUACCUGGAGCUCAUCAAGACUUUCAAGAGCCUUCUGGAGAGCAAGCGCCUGGAGCUGCUGACCAGCAAGAACCGCUACAUGGUGGGGCUGGACAAACUGGACUUCGCAGCAGCACAGAUCGCGCUGAUGCAGGAGGAGCUGGUGGAGCUGAAGCCCCUCCUGAUGGAACGCAGCAAGGAGACGGCCGAGCUGCUGACAGUCAUCGCCGAUGAGACCCUGGAGGUGGAGGUGGUGAAGAGAGAGGUGGAGGCAGACGAGGCCACAGCCAACAGGGCGGCGCAAGAGGCAAAGGCCAUCAAGGAGGAGUGCGAGCAGAAGCUGAGCAUAGCCAUGCCGGCCCUCAACGCCGCCAUCACUGCCCUGGACACUCUGAAGGCCAGUGACAUCACCCUGCUGAAGACCAUGCAGAACCCCCCCUCCGGAGUGCGCAUCACCCUGGCAGCCAUCUGCAUCCUGAAGGGAAUCAAGCCUGAGAAGAAGGUGGACCCCAACGGCAGGAGCAGUGACGAUUACUGGCCCUCAGCUAAGAAGAUGCUCGGAGACAUGAAGUUCUUGGAGUCUCUCAAAGAGUUCGAUAAGGAUAACAUUCCCCACAAGGUGAUUGCUCAGAUCCGACGGGAUUUAAUCAGUAACCCGGAGUUCCAGCCAUCCGUCAUCAAGAACGUGUCGUCGGCCUGCGAGGGGCUGUGCAGCUGGGUGAGGGCCAUCGAGGUCUAUGACAAAGUGGCCAAGAUUGUGGCCCCAAAGCGGCAGCGGCUGGAGGCAGCGGAGGCAGAGCUGGUGGUUCAGAUGGAGAAGCUUGGCGUGACGAGGGCUGAGCUUGCUGUGGUGAGCGCCAAGCUGGCCGGACUGCAGGAGCAGCUCUCCCAGAAACUACUGGAGAAGAGGAGCCUGGAGGAGAGUAUCGAGCUGACCAAGCUGAAGCUGGAGCGUGCAGAGAAGCUGAUAAGUGGUCUGGGAGGGGAGAAGGAGCGCUGGCUGCAGAUCUCCCAGCAGCUCCAGGACACCUACCAGAACAUAGUGGGGGACGUGCUGCUCAGCGCUGGGGUGGUGGCGUACCUGGGGCCCUUCACUCCUAACUUCAGACAGGAGGUUCUGAAGGACUGGUCAAGGAUGUGUAAGCUGAAGGAGAUCCCAGUCUCCCCCAAUUUCUCCUUGUCUGCCACGCUGGGGGACCCCGUCAGCAUCAUGGAGUGGCAGCUCUACGGGCUGCCCCGCGACACGUUCUCAGUGGAGAAUGCCAUCAUUGUGACCUCAGCGCGCCGCUGGCCCCUUAUGAUAGACCCCCAGGGCCAGGCCAACAAGUGGCUCAAGAACAUGGAGAAACUCAACAAGCUGCACGUGUGCAAAGCCUCAGACCCGGACUACCUGCGCACUCUGGGAAACUGCAUCCAGUUUGGGACUCCCAUGCUGCUUGAGAACCUUUCUGAGGAGCUGGACCCGGUGCUGGAGCCUCUGAUGUUGCGACAGACCUUCAAACACAGCGGCGUGGAGUACCUGCGCCUGGGCGAGUCCACCAUCCAGUACAGCCACGACUUCAGACUGUACCUGACCACCCGCCUCCGCAACCCCCACUACCUGCCCGAGGUCUCUGUCAAGGUGACCCUCCUCAACUUCAUGAUCACCCAGAUGGGCCUGGAGGACCAGCUGCUGAGCAUCGUGGCGGCCGAGGAGAAGCCUGAGCUGGAGGAGAGCAAGAAUCAGCUGUACCUGGAGGGGGCGCUCAACAGGAAGCAGCUGAAGGAGAUCGAGGAUCAGAUCCUAGAGGUGCUGUCCCUGUCACAGGGGAACAUCCUGGAGGACGAACGAGCCAUCGACAUCCUGUCCUCCAGCAGGAAGCUGUCACAGGAGAUCCUGGAGAAGCAGGAGAUCACCACGGCGACGGAGCGGGAGAUCGACGACACCCGGGACGGGUACCGGCCGGUUGCGAACCACUCCAGCGUGCUGUUCUUUGUCAUCUCGGACCUGGCCAACAUCGACCCCAUGUACCAGUACUCCCUGGCCUGGUUCAUCAACCUCUACAUCAGCUCCAUCACCCAGAGUGAGCGCUCCGCACUGCUGCAUGAGAGGAUCAGCAAUCUCAACACCCACUUCACAUACAGCGUGUACCAGAACGUGUGCCGCUCGCUGUUCGAGAAGCACAAGACGCUCUUCUCCUUCCUGCUCUGCGUGGGGCUGCAGCGGAACCGCGGCCGGGUGGACGAGGCGGAGUGGCGCUUCCUACUGACCGGGGGCGUAGCCCUGGAGAACCCCUACUCAAACCCUGCCCCUGCCUGGCUCAAGGGCCAAUCCUGGGGCGAGCUGGUGUGCCUCUCCACCCUGACCUCCUUCUCCAGCCUCAGGAAGCACUUCUGCUCCAACAUGGCAGAGUGGAAGAAGAUCUACGAUGCCUCCCACCCCAACGAGCUGCCCCUGCCAGAGCCCUGGGAGGACAUGCUGACUGCAUUCCAGAGACUGUUGGUCCUACGCUGCAUCCGUCCAGACAAGAUCAUCCCUGCAGUCCAGCAGUUCAUCAUAGACCACAUGGGCGCCCCCUACAUGGAGCCCCCACCCUUCGACCUCCAGCGCAGCUACAGGGACUCCAGCCACGGCACCCCCCUGGUGUUCCUGCUCUCACCCGGGGCUGACCCCAUGGCCAUUCUCCUGCGCUUCGCAGAGGAGCAAGGGAUGGCAGGGGCCCUGCAGACCAUCUCCCUGGGCCAGGGGCAGGGACCCAUCGCUCGCAGGAUGAUCCAGAAGGGUGUGGCCGAGGGCACCUGGGUGGUCCUGCAAAACUGUCACCUGGCUGCCAGCUGGCUCCCGGAGCUGGAGCAGAUCUGCCAGGAGCUCAUCCCAGACCGUGAGCACACGCGGCCAGGCUUCCGCCUCUGGCUGACCAGCUACCCUUCGGCAGACUUCCCUGUGUCCAUCCUGCAGGACGGCAUCAAGAUGACCAACGAGCCACCCAAGGGGCUGCGCGCCAACCUUCUGCGCUCCUACCUCUCCGACCCCAUCUCCGACCCUGCCUUCUACAGAGGCUGCAGCAAGCCCCGGGAGUGGGAGAGGCUGCUGUUCGGGCUGUGCUUCUUCCACGGGCUGGUUCAGGAGCGGCGCAUGUUUGGCUCGCUGGGCUGGAACGUCCCGUACGAGUUCAACGAGUUUGACCUGCGGAUCAGCGCCCGGCAGGUCCAGAUGUUCCUGAACGAGUACAGUGAGGUGCCUCUGCAGGCGCUGUCCUACCUGACGGGGGAGUGUAACUAUGGGGGCCGCGUGACGGAUGAGUUCGACCGGAGGCUGUUGCUCAGCCUGCUCGCCACCUUCUACAACCGGGAGCUGCUCUCCCAUGACGCAUACCCCCUCUCCCCCAGCGGGGUGUACCGCGUGCCCCUGGGCAGAGGCAUCCACAGCUACCUGGAGUGCAUCAGGAGCCUGCCCCUCAACGCCAGCCCUGAGGUGUUCGGACUGCAUGAGAAUGGGAACAUCACCAGGGAGCACAAGGAGACUCGGGAGCUGUUUGAGGGGAUCUUGGCCACGCUACCCAGAGAGGUCUCAGGCGCUGGGAAGUCUUCCACUGAGGUGGUGCAGGAGCUGGCCGCAGACAUCCUCUCCAAAAUCCCUCCGGACUUCAACAUAGAGGAGGUGAUGCAGCGAUACCCGAUCUGCUACAGCGAGUCCAUGAACACGGUGCUGGUGCAGGAGCUGCUGCGGUUCAGCCGGCUCACUGGCACCGUGCGCUCCAGCCUGCGAGACUUGGGCCGGGCCCUGCGGGGCCAGCUCCUCCUGUCAGCUGAGCUGGAAGACAUGUUCAACAGCAUCAUCAUGGGCAAGGUUCCUGCCAUGUGGUUGAUGACAUCAUACCCAUCUCUGAAGCUGCUGGGCAGCUACAUCAGCGACCUGCUGCUGCGCCUGCAGUUCUUCAGGGACUGGAUAGACAGGGGCGCCCCAGCUGUGUUCUGGAUCUCAGGGUUCUUCUUCACUCAGUGCUUCCUGACGGGGGUGCUGCAGAACCACGCCCGCAAGUACCACGUCCCCAUCGACCACUUGGGCUUCCAGUUCCACGUGAUGGACCCCCCCAGCGCCAGGACCCCCCUGCUGCCACUGCAGGUGGAUGGCGUGUGCAUUGAGGGCUUGUUCAUGGAGGGGGCUCGCUGGGACCAGGAGAGGAGGACCAUCGCAGAGUCUCUGCCCAAAGUCCUGUACGAGAGCCUGCCGAUCAUCUGGUUAAAGCCAAGUGAGAAAUCUUCACUGAAGGAGUCCUCCACAUACGCUUGUCCAGUCUACAAAACCAGUGUGCGACGCGGGCUCCUGUCCACCACCGGUCACUCUACCAACUACGUGCUGACCAUCCAGCUGCCCUCAGAGCGACCACAGAACCACUGGAUCAAUAGAGGCGUGGCCUGCCUCUGUCAGCUGGACUAUUAGGAUUUACAGGCUGGUCCCAUCAGAAAAGAAACCACAAACGCUGUGUGCGUUGAGAUUAGCAACACCUUAACAGUGGAGCCUUGUUCCCAUGAGAGAAAAGGACCUCUGAGUGUCAUGUGACAUGCGUGUGGUUUCCACCCAGGGACUGCUGUUAUACCACCGAUUUCAUGUGUAUGUGAUACCCCAAACUUAAUAUAACAAACUAGAUGCAACGUUGACUUUAUCUGUGGUCCACCUCGGGGCUUUAAACCACAGGCCGAGAAGUUUAAAAAGAUUCCAGAACCUGAGAAAAUGUAUCCAAUCACAGCAGUGCCUCAGCUGAAACCACGCAGAACGAUUCCAUUCCUGGUUUUAAUACGAGCUUCAUCCAGUUAGUCAGAAGCUCAGGUGCGUCUGAUUAUUCCCAUAGUAAAACCUGAAAGAGCUCAAAGUGAUUUGUAAUGGGAGCCUUGUUUCCAUCCUUGAAUACAGAACAUGCAAAUAACGAUGGCUAAUCAUAUCGACAAGCAGGUGUUUCAGUGCAGGAAGGAUCUGUGGUUUUCAAUCCAAGCAGGGGUGUUAUCUGGUAAGAUUCGUGCUGCUCUCAGUCAGCAUUCUCAACCAGGGAGACGCGUCAGAGUUUAUAGUAAAACAUUGUUAUGGACGGGUGAAGCAAGAUUGAGAAGCACUGUUUUAAGAGAAGGAGCGCACACACAAGCUAUCACUCAGUUAAAGACCUUUAACCAUGUUUCCAAUUCAAUCGGCUGGGUUACUGGACAGCUGCUGUGAACAACUCGCUACACCAUCUUAGCAACUUUGACAAGAUUGCCUUGAGUAAAAAUAAAAUAAAUAAAAAGAGUUAAAAAUUUAAUUUGUUUGGCAAGUUAAAGACACAUUUAUAUUAUUGUUUUAAUCAAUCUUUUAUACUGUGAUAACAGUUGGAGGUUUUUUUUUUUUUUUUUGCAGGAUCCUGGAAAUAUAAUACUGCUCUACAUUCUAAAAAUGUGUUUAAAUCCAAUCUGCUUGCUUGUAAGGAAUGUGUUGAAUAUUAUAAAAUCGAGCGCAAAAAGGACUUUAGAUUGUAUCCUCGUUGGGCAUGUCCUGCUGUAUUAUUAUAUCUGUUUGCUUUUAGACUCCAGAAGUUCAUCUGUAACUACACCACUCAAUCGCAGGAUGUGUAGAAACAGAAGAAUGAACGAGUACAACUCUGUGUCUUGAUCAAUGCCUAUUCCAGCAGCUGUUCUGCCUAAAUUGAACAUGUUUAUUGUUAGAAUUUCUACAUCCAACUUAAUUGUAAUACACUGUAGUGUUCUAUAAGUACAGUAUCUAGCGUGUCAUAUUAAAUAUAAUAGUAGUAUUAUAGCGGAUCGUGGAUUAUUGCCCACCUCAGCAAUAACAAGCCAUGAUGUCGUACGGAACACGAAAGCCAGAGUACUUGUAUUUUAUUUUUAUUUCCGACAGUAAUCCGAGGACAUGCCCCUGAUCUCAAACGCGAGUGCAUUGGAACUGAUAUGGUGAAAAGACCUCUGAAACAGACUUCAGAAGGUUAAGUGUAAAAAGUUGUCAGGAUGUUAACAAAAAGAAAAAUUACAUGCAUGUUAUUUAAACAGUUGUAGCAACACGUGGGGAGAUAUAAUGCUAUACAUUUUUUCAGAAACCCGCUACUUGAUCUUUAAAAAUUAUUUUUCAAAGUGAAGAUGAAGUUAAUUUGAACCACAAGAGGGCAGUGUAGCAUAAUAGUGUCCUACCAUUUACAUACUAAUAUAUAAAUAUAUAUAAUCCAGUCAUAGUGUUCAUCUUAGAAAACUCUUACAUUACAAAUAUUAGAAUAAAAGAAAAACAAAUCUAAUCCUCCACCUCUCAAAUUGCAUUAUAUUUUGUGAAAAGUAACCCAUAUGCAGUGAUCAUCUGCCCUGAUACCCCGCCUGUACCAAGUUUAUAUGAUACUCAUGAGAGCAUUAACAGUAUAUCCAACCUCAAACCAGCAGAACAUGCAAUCCCAAAGAGGGGCUUGGUUACCUGAAAACUUCUUGUAUGAGUGGAGAUGUGAAUUUGUUUGCAGAUCUCAGAACCGUUAACCAGGCAGAUGCAAGAAUAAUCAGCUUUCUACAGGUCAACCCGUUCAGUUAUAUCUAAAUGCAAAAGCACUCACUGCUGCUUCUCGGAGUGGAAUAAAAAGCUUCAACAGCAGCACGUAGCUCUGCCCCUUUUGCAUCAGAUUCAUACCACCCCCCCUCCGGUUCCCCGAUUGAUCCCCUUACAGCUGCUCACCUAUUCUGGGGGUCUGCUGCCUCGUCCAAUUGGUGGCCCCUCACUGCAAGUGUGUGUAAGGCGAUUACUCCAUGCACUCGUCAUGUAAUCAAUACAAAUAUUUCUAUUGAAAAUGCCUGUGCUUUUUUACUAAAACAGUGGAAAAGAAAAGUAUCCCAAUCUACACACUCUGCUAUACCUCCAAUUUAAACACUGAUAAUGUGUUCAUCCCAAAACACCAGCAUUCUGCCACAGCCAAUUCCUGAAUUCCAGGAUUGGGGACUGUAGUCCUUUCUAAUUUACUUUAACCAAGAACUACUAAAAGCAGUUAAACUCAGAGCUGACAUUCAUGCUUCAGGUAGCUUCCUCUACAGUUUCACACAAUGCUUGCAAGAAGCAAGAUCCUGCUGCUUGUAUCGGUGUCUCAGCAGACAUACGUGAUGAAAACA